AUGUCCGCGUCGUACUAUCCCUCGCAGGCAUACGGCUCGUACCAGGCUUCUUACCCAGCGUACCCACCGCAGAAUGCAUAUCCAUCCGCACAGUAUGUGCAGUCUCCAACAGCGGCCUACUCCACCUACCCUACGAAAGCGACCACACCACCACUGCCCGAGUCUCAUACCGCUCCCGAAAUAUCAGCUGUCACUCCUGAGCUAGCUUCCCAUGCCCUCCAGAGACUCUUGUCAUGCGAACUGCGUGAUGCUGGGUUUGACGCCGCGCAGCCUACCGCGCUGCAGAGACUUGAGCUUGAAGUGGUUGCCUUGGUCGAACAACUGUACCAACGUGCCCACGAGUAUGCGAAUCUCGCGAAUAGAGCGGCGCCAAUUGCCACGGACCUCCUGUUGGCGUCGCACGAGUACGGCAUGCAAACUAGCGAACUGCACCAUUUAGGAAGCGGCAGAAAACAAGGAACUUCAGAGAUACUGUUGUUGCCACCACCAUCUCGCUCGCCUUCACCAGAGUUGUUGUCCUCUGACGACGAAGGUACACCUACGGUUAUACCGGCCACACUACGUUCUCUUCCACAUUACAUCCCUGCCUUACCUCCCAAGCACACAUAUCUGAGGACACCCAUCUCUCCGCCAAAGAAGGCGGCUUUGCCUUCUCUUGAGAAAAAGCUGAAGAACGCGGGACUUGUCCAAGAAUCACUGAAGAAUUUACUGCUGGCUACAGAAGAUAGCACGGGGCAAGAAGACGCGGAGUUGCUCGGUGCGACUGUGAAUUGGGAGACCAACGCCCAUCCUCGCAAGAGGUGGAGACUGUCGUAG